AUGCCUGAUUAUUCAAAGUCAAAGUCUAUCAAAUCCAUAAAGGAUGGCUGGAACUAUAGCAUUCAGAUGAACCGUUGGUUUAUGAAGCCGAUCGGCGUAUGGCCGUUGACUCUCUGCGAGACCACGGUGGAAAAAAUUGGUUGCAUGAUUCUGACAGGGAUCAGUUGUUUAUUGAUAUGUUUCCUGCUGAUCCCAUGCACUCUCUGCACUAUCCUAGUAGACACUGAUCUCGAUACCAAAAUCAGGAUGAUCGGUCCGGUCAGUUUUUUACUAAUGGCCGCGGUGAAACAAUACAUCCUCAUUAUCCGCAGCGAGAACAUCGACGAAUGCAUUCGGCACAUUCGCGUGGAUUGGAGCCGUGUCGCGUUGAAUCAUGAGAAAGAUCGAGAAAUAAUGGUGAACAAUGCUAAGUUCGGCAGGUGGCUAUCCUCCGUCAGCGCGAUCUUCAUGUAUUCCGCAGGUAUAUUCUUCACCACGGUGAUGCCGAUUUGCGCAAGGAGAACAGAGAUCAUUGACAACGAGACAGUGAGGUCGCUCUCCUUUCCAAUUUAUCGUGGUCUCUUCGAUCCACGCACCACGCCAUCCUUCGAAAUCGCGCAAUUCACGCAAGGUUUAGCUGGUUACGUCAUUUAUACGAUCACUAUUAGUGUGUGCAGUCUGACAGCAGUAUUUGUCAUGCAUGCCUGCGGUCAAUUUCGGAUACUCAUGCUAAAGAUGGAGGAUCUCGCGGACGGAAAAGAGAGAAAGAGUGCGAAUAGUACGCACGAGGGAAGACUCGGUGACAUCGUGGAACAUCAUAUUAGGAUACUCAGUUUUAUCACUCGUACAGAGAAACUUUUAAACGAAAUUUGUCUCGUGGAUGUAGUCGGAUGUACGCUCAACAUAUGUUUUCUAGGAUUCAAUAUGAUGACGUGUAUGCAAAUCGGCAUGAAGUCUUAUAUGAUAAAUUGGUAUCGUAUACCGAAUAAAGGAGCACUCGGUUUGACAUUAAUAAUGGCCAUGUCGAAUGCCACCAUCAAACUUACAGCUGGAAAAUUUAUGGAUUUAUCCUUAGCCAGUUUUUGCAGUAGCGAUUGGCGGAUCGUGCGACAUUAUGACCAUCGCAGAAUGAUGCUGAGGAACGUGCUGGUGGGCCGCAGACUAACAACGCUGUGCGUGAUCUUUCUUUACACCGGCGGCAUGUCUUAUCAUACGAUUAUGCCAUUGUCUUCCAGAACGAAGACGAAUGGCAGCUUCACAAGUAGACCGCUAGUUUAUCCGGGAUAUGAUCUCUAUUUCGAUCCUCAAGCAAGUCCUGCUUACGAGAUCAUCUUUGGCAUGCAUUGCUUGUCCGCUAUGAUACAAUAUAGCGCUACAACAGCAGCAUGCAGCUUGGCUGCAAGCUUUGCGACGCACGCGUGCGGACAGGUGCAGAUAUUGAUGACACUUUUGGAUGAUCUAGUUGAUGGGAAGAGGACUAAAGGUACCAAUGUGGAGAAACGUUUAAGGUUGAUAACGAAACAUCACGUGCGUGUGCUGAGAUUUACGACCGACGUGGAGAAAAUAUUACGUGAAAUAUGCUUACUGGAAUUGGUUGCUGCAACCUUGAUUAUAUGUUUGCUCGAGUAUUAUUGUAUGACGUUUGGCAAAAUUGGUUCAGCCGCGUAUGAAAUUAAUUGGUAUGAUUUACCCGGCCAUAAGGCUGUGGAUCUUGUAAUGAUCAUUACAAUGUCUUAUUACCCACCCAAGCUUACAGCUGGCAAAUUCUGUGAUUUAUCUCUCAAUACUUUCAGCACCUUAUGCCGCUGGAUCCUGCAGUCGAUCGGUAUUUGGCACAUAAUUUACGGUCGCUCGUCGCAAAGCGAGAAGCUACUUUCGUUAAUGCUGAUUUUCAUGAGUUUCUUUGGUCUGUGUUUUGUGCUUGUACCUGCUAGUUCGUACUUUCUAUUCUACGACGAGGACAUCGAAAUUAAAAUCAAGUUUUUUGGACCAGUUACCUUCUGUCUAACUUCCGUGAUCAAAUAUUGCUUCCUCGGAACGCGUAUCUCGACGAUCGGAAAAUGUAUCGAACACGUCGAGAGCGAUUGGCGGAUAGUGCAAUAUCAGAAUCAUCGCAGUAUGAUGCUAAAGAACGUGCUGGUAGGCCGCAGAAUAACGAUGCUAUGCGUGAUUUUUCUUUAUGGUGGUGGCUUGUUUUAUCACACGAUCUUGCCAUUGUCUUCCAGAACGACAAAUGGUAACGUCACAAGUAAACCGCUGAUUUAUCCAGGAUAUGAUUAUUUCGAUCUUCAAACAAGUCCCGCUUACGAGAUCAUCUUUGGCAUGCACUGCCUGUCCGCUAUGAUACAAUAUAGCGCUACGACAGCAGUGUGCAGUCUGGCCGCGAAUUUUGCGACACACGCACGCGGACAGGUGCAGAUAUUGGUGACGCUUUUGGAUGAUCUAGUCAAUGGGAAGGGAACUGAAGGUACUAAUGUGGAGAAACGUCUGAGCUUCAUAACGAAGCAUCACGUGCGUGUGCUGAGAUUUACGACUGACGUGGAGAAAAUAUUACGUGAAGUAUGCUUAGUGGAACUGGUGACCGCAACUUUGAUGAUAUGCAUGCUCGAGUAUCUUUUCUUAAUGGAAUGGGAGAAUAGUGACGCCGUGGGCGUCAUGUCGUAUAUUUUGUUAUUUAUAGCUUUAACGUUCAACGUUCUAAUAUUUUGUUAUAUCGGCGAGCUUCUCGUAGAAGAGUUUGGUAAAAUCGGCUCAGCCGCGUAUGAAGUUAAUUGGUAUGAUUUACCCGGCCAUAAAGCUGUGGAUCUUAUUAUGAUUAUGAUGAAGUCUUAUUAUCCACCCAAGCUUACAGCUGGCAAAUUCUGUGAUUUAUCUCUCAAUACUUUCAGCACCGUGAGUGUCAUAAAUAACUAUUGUUAUUGUUUAAGUAAUUCUAUACUCGUAAUUCUACACUUUCAUUACUUCCUCGCGCUUGCGUCGCGAGAAACGGAACGUUGCGUAACGUCCGCGUUUCAGUCAUCGUUGCGCUUCGCGGGCGACAGCAUGCGCGAUCGAUUCCAACUUACAGGAAGAACGCUCAAGAUGUAUAAUGUACACCAUAAGCACGACAUACGCUACACAAUGCAGCUGUGCCGCUGGGUGCUAAAACCGAUCGGCAUGUGGCAUCCGAUCUAUGGCCAUUCGUCGCAGAAUGAGAAGUUCAUCUCGAUAAUAUUGAUCAUCAUAUGCUUCUCCGCUCUAUGUUUCGUCCUGAUACCUGCCGGAUUUUAUACUUUAUUUCGUGAGAAAGAUAUCAACAUUAAAGUCAAGCUUUUCGGUCCGGUCGGCUUCUGCCUGACUAACACGAUCAAAUAUUGUUACUUUGGUGCGCGCGCUGCCGCGUUCGGAAGAUGUAUUCGACAUGUCGAGGACGAUUGGCGGAUCGUGCAGCAUCAAACUCGCGAGAUAAUGCUGAAGAAAGUGCUGAUAGGACGCAGACUCACCACGCUGUGUGCAAUUUUCCUUUACACCGGUGGAUUGUCCUACCAUAUAAUAAUGCCGUUAUCUUCCAAACAGGAAAUUAACGAGAACCUCACGAUUAGAAUACACACUUAUCCCGGUUACGAUAUAUUUUUCGAUCCCGGAGCCAGCCCUGCUUAUGAGAUCGUGUUCUGCAUUCAUUGCCUAUUCGCGAUGAUCACGUAUCACAUCACGACGGCAUCCUGUAGCUUGGCAGCGAUUUUUGUGACGCACGCGUGCGGGCAAAUAGAUAUACUAAUGUUGUUGUUGGACGAUUUGGUUGAAGGAAAAUGGAGCAAGGAUACCACUGUGAAGAAACGUUUAAGCGCGAUAGCGAAACAUCAUGUACGAAUACUGAGAUUUUCGGCCAACGUGGAGGAAGUGCUACGCGAAAUAUGUUUACUGGAACUGCUGACUUCCACCUUGACUAUAUGUUUGCUCGAAUAUUAUUGCCUAACGUAUAGCAAAAUUGGUGCCGCUGCCUAUGAAAUCGACUGGUACAAUUUAUCUGGGAAUAAAGCUCUCGAACUCGUGCUAAUCAUCGCAAUGUCUCAUUAUCCGCCUAAACUUACAGCUGGCAAAUUUAUCGAAUUAUCUAUGAACACAUUUGGUGCUCUCAAAAGUUUCUAUUUCAUGCCAAAAGAACACCUCUAA